AUGCCUGGCAUGCAGGACCCUUCACCCGAGGAGAUGAUUGAGUUGGCAAGGAAGACGAGGGAGCUGAUUGAAACAAUAUACGCCCACCCCAACUUCAACACAGCCCAACCGGAACGCUCCCCCAAAAUGCUCUGGCACACCGGUGACUUCGCCCGCCGCACAUUCACCGACUACAUCGCCCCGCUCCUCCCCCCGUCAAUGGCGAGUCUGAAACCCUCCAUCGCCUUCGCUGAUCCGCGCUGCGAGGACCCAAGGCGGGGCAUGCCGGGCGCGCCACCUCGCUCAGACCAAGUAGUGACAGGCGAAGCAGCAAACGCCUGGCCGGAGGUAAAUAAGGAGAAAUACAUGGACGCAGUGAUGCGUAACAUGAUGGUUUCGAUGAUCAUUCUCGAUCCAAGUGGGCCGAAGGUGCAGAUGAUGUUUCCGGGUGCGGAAAGUGGGUUUGAUUUCGGGGAGGAGAUUCGGGAGAUGGCUAGGAAAUUGAAGGAAUAG